AUGGCAGCUAUAACACCCCAUACAGCAAGCUCCCUCCAAUAUGACAUCGCGUACGAAAAGGACGUCGAGGGCGCAGGAGGCUUCAGCGACGUCUCGAAGGAUUCAGUGCAUAGCGAAGCACCCUUGGACAAGCUCGAGUUCGACUGGACCGAAGCCGAGGAGCGCAAGGUCGUGCGCAAGCUCGACCUCGUAGUCCUCCUACUCCUGUUCUUCGGCUUCGUUUCCUUCCAGCUGGAGCGGAACAACAUCGCCAACGCCGUCUCCUCCACCCUUUUCAAGGAUGUCGGUAUCACCCAGAACCAGUACAACACCGGCCAGGGGCUGCUCUACCUCGGCAUCAUCCUCUUCGAAAUCCCCUCACAGAUGCUCAUCCAGAAGCUCGGCCCGCAGCGCUGGCUCACCGCCCAGGUGUUCGCGUUCGGACUCGUGGCCACACUCCAGAUGUUCAUGCACAACUACGGCUCCUUCCUGGUCACACGCAUUGUCCUGGGCAUUGUCGAGUGUGGAUACAUCCCCGGCGCACUCUACACCCUCUCGACGUUCUAUAAGCGCACCGAGCUCGGUUCACGCACCUCGUUCUUUUACCUCGGCAACGUCAUAGUCAUUGGCAUUGGCGGUCUCAUGGCUGCUGGCAUCUUCCGCAUCAAGAACCACCUCCGACCCUGGCAGAACCUGUUCCUCAUCGAAGGCUGUGUCGCCAUCUUCUGCGGGGCCGUCUUCCUGGUCUUCCUUCCCGAUAGCCCGCAAAAUCCCCUCCCCCUCCUCGGCAGGAGCUUCUCGCCUUUCACUCAGCGCGAGCGCGAGAUCAUCUACGCUCGCGUUAUCCUAGAUGACCCGCGCAAAGCAGGCCCACGAACCCCACUCACAAGCGAGGACAUCAUGAACACGCUCACAAACUGGCGCAACUAUCCGCACAUCCUGCACAUCGUUGCGUGCGUCACCGCCUCCUCGGCCAUGACGCAGUACGCACCCCUCCUUAUCAAGGGGUUUGGUUUCGACACGAUCCGCGCCAACGCCCUCUCCUCCGUCGGCGGCUGGAUUGCCGUGCUCGUCAUGGCAUCCUCUGGCUUACUCUCCGACAAGGUCCGCAGUAAAGGGUUGCUCGUGAUGGCCCUCACCACCUGCUCGCUCGUCAUGUGGAUCGCAUUCCAGUCCAUGUCCCACACCUCAAACAAGUGGGGCAAAUACGCAACCAUGGCACUCACCACCGGAUUUGCACUCACCUGGCAUCCUCUCAACGCCACAUGGCUGAGCUUGAACCAACGUACGCCACAGCAUCGCGCGGUCGCCAUGGCCAUGUUCGCUAUGGCGAGCAAUGUCGGUGCACUCUGCGGCUCGCAGCUACUGCGUGCGAACGACGCGCCGACAUACCCAAUCGGGUUCAGAGUCGGUGUGGGGCUUGUGGCGUUCGGAACAGGCGUCGCAGUGUUGCAACACGCACAGUACCGCUGGAGCAACCGCCAAAACAGCGCUCAGGUCGCGCGUGGCAACGAGCUGCGUACGGAUAGACCAGAGGUGUACGUAGAGUAG